UAAAGUAUUGUCCACUCGAAUCAAACACAACAUAUACACCAAGAGCAAAACAGUAUUUACAUAAAGAAAGAAAUAUGGCAAAAAGUGAGAUGAAAAAUGUUGUUAUGAUGAUUAUCACAAUGAUUAUGUUGGUUUCUGCUGAAGCUAAUCAUUCUCUUCCACCUCAAGCUACAGAAAAUGGAAUCGAUGACAUUACUUGUCUUGUCAAAUGUGGUUUAGAAUGUGCACCUAAGUUGGGAAAUAAAAUCAAAUAUGGAAUGUGUAUGGCUCUAUGUGAAUUGUUAUGCAGUAAACAUCCAUCGCAAGAUGCAUAUGUUUGUACUAGAAGCUGUACUUACUCCAAACUCAAUAAUAUUAAUACCGAUGCUCGUGAUGUCAACGGAAUCGUCGAUUCAUGUUUGAAAACUUGUUAGAAUAUAUGUAACAGUCAAUAAAUCAAAAAGUAUGAAUUUUGUCUAUCGACUUUGUGACUUUGUCAAUGCAAUCGUUAAUUCGUAUUUAAAAGUUUAUAUUGGAAUAAUAUGUAGCAAUCAAUAAAUUAAACUCUUCACUUUUA